AGUAAUUAUAAAUUUAAUGGUUUUGAAAUUUCAUUUGGUUAUGCACAAAAUGUAAGAAAAACAAUGACAGUUAAUCCAACAGUUGCUGUUAAUAGUUGGAAAAAUAGUGAAGGACAUAACAAUGUUAUAAUCCAACAAGGUGCUUUCAAAAAUACACCAAUGAAAGCCAUGGGUGUUGGUGUUUAUAAAGGAUAUGCAUGUGUAUGGUUUGGCCAACAAGCGGAUACAUAUCCAGCCCCUGCAUAA